AUGCCACUUGAUCAAGUCUUAAUGCAAAUCAAAGACGAUCCUUCCUUGAAGUGGCCAGAAAAAAUGAAGGGAGAUCCAAAUAAGCGCAAUAGAAACAAGUAUUGUCACUUCCAUAGAGACCAUGGGCAUGAUACGGACGAAUGUUUUGAUCUAAAGCAGCAGAUUGAGAGUCUUAUAAGGCAGGGGAAGCUAAGAAGUUUCCUAGGACGAGACCACAAGGAUGAAAAACUCAAGGGAAAAGCUGAAGAGUCGUCACGGCAACCUCUCGGAGAAAUCAAAGUUAUUGUCGGAGGGAGCUCUGCAGUUCAGUCGCCCAGGUCCAGGAAAACAUACCUGAAGGCAAUCACAAUCACCGAAGAAGAAGCUGAAAGAAUCCACCAUCUUCAUGACGAUGCUAUUGUCAUUACCUUGCUCAUCGCUGACUACACAACCAGAAGGAUACUCGUUGAUAAUGGAAGUUCUGCAGAUAUCCUAUAUCUUCCAGCUUUUCAGCAGAUGAAGUUAGGACAAGACCGUCUUCGUCCGGUGAAUUCUCUAUUAGUAGGUUUUGGUGGAGCGAAGGUGCAGCCGGUGGGUACUGUUACAUUACCAGUGGUAGUUGGGGCAUAUCCACAGCAAGUCACCAAGGAUGUGAAUUUCCUGGUAGUAGAUUGUUCGUCCUCCUAUAAUGCCAUAAUUGGGAGGCCAACUUUGAAUAGUUGGAAAGCAGUUACGUCCACCUAUCACUUAUCAGUCAAGUUCCCAACGGACUAUGGAGUAGGACAAGUGCAAGGAGAUCAACUGGUAGCGAGAGAGUGUUACUUGGCUAUGUUGGCCACCGACGAGCAAGUGCAGACCAUGACUAUUGAAGAAAAAAAGGUCGUGGUAGAACCUAUUGAAGUGUUGGAAGAUGUUCCCCUAGACGAAAGGAACCCUGAGAGAUGUACCAGGAUGGGGGCAGAUCUAGAAGGAGGAAUUAAGGAAAACCUUGUCCAAUUUUUGAGGAAGAACAUAGAUGUGUUUGCUUGGAGUUAUGAGGAUAUACCUGGAAUAGAUCCUAAAGUCAUCACCCAUCGCCUGAACGUAUGUCCAUCCUCGAAGCCAAUAUGA